AUGCCAUUCCCAGUGCUACCCGUUUUCUAUGCGGGCUCUUCACAAGAAGAAAUCUCCAAGUUAUCAGUUACAGGUUCUGCGUUGUUCAGAUUGAAAGAUGAAUCAGAAUUAUCAAUUAUUACUUCAAAUACAUCAUUUAUUAAAAAUUCAACAAUUAGUAUUGAAUUUGAAUCAAAAAUUGAAAUUUCCAAAAUUAUUGAAUUAUUGAAUAAUGGUGUUAGUAAGAUCUUUGGUGAUUUAACUUAUUCAAAAGAAUUGAUUGAAGCUGGUAUUCCAUCAAGUAGAAUUGGUUUGAAAUUAAAUUCAACAAAAGAAAUCUCUGAAAAUGAAUCAUUCAAUUCUUAUAUCUUACCUUCAUCUGAACCAUUAGGUGACUUGAAAUCUGCUUCAAAUAAUGGUAAAAAAAACAUUUAUAUUUCUUUAAGUGAAUCAUCAACAGUUACUAUUAAUUCAUUAGCUGCAUCAAAUUUAAUUCCAAUUAUUGAUGCUAAAGAAUUAACAACAGAAAAAGAUUCAUCUAAAACUUCAAUCUCUGAUUUAUUCAUCAAUUCAUUAACAACUGAUAGAAAAGAUGGUUUAUUUACCACUUUAGUUACUGAUAUUCAUAAUCAUUCUUUAGGUUUAGUUUAUUCUUCAAAAGAAUCAAUUAGUGAAGCUAUUAGAACUAAAACUGGUGUUUAUCAAUCAAGACGUCAUGGAUUAUGGUAUAAAGGUGCUACAUCUGGUGCUACACAAGAAUUAAUCAAAUUAGAUAAGGAUUGUGAUGGUGAUUGUUUAAAAUUUGUUGUUAAACAAUCUGGUGUUGGUUUCUGCCAUUUAGAACAAGAUUCAUGUUUUGGUGAUAUUAGUGGAUUAACAAGAUUAGAGAAAACUUUAACUGAUAGAUUACAAAAUGCACCAGAAGGUUCAUAUACAAAAAGAUUAUUUACAGAUGAAAAAUUAUUAGUUGCCAAAAUUAAAGAAGAAGCUGAAGAAUUAACUGAAGCUGAAACUAAAGAAGAUAUUGCAUGGGAAGCUGCUGAUUUAUUCUAUUUUGCUUUGACUAGAUGUGUAAAGAAUGGUGUUUCAUUAGAAGAUAUCGAAAGAAAUUUGGAUUUAAAAGGUUUGAAAAUCACAAGAAGAAAAGGUGAUGCUAAAUCAAAAUUCAUUGAACAACAAGAAGAAGUUAAAAAGGAAACUAAACCAACUCCAACACCUGCCAAAAAAGAAGAAAUUGAAGAUCCAAAUGAAAAAAUCUUGAUGGGUGUUGUUGAUACUAAAACUGCAUCAGAAGAAGAAAUUGAAGAUGCUUUGAAAAGACCAGUUCAAAAAACUUCAGAAAUUAUGAAAUUAGUUAAUCCAAUUGUUGAUAAUGUUCGUCAAAAAGGUGAUGAAGCUUUAUUAGAAUAUACUGCAAAAUUCGAUGGUGUUAAAUUAUCAUCUCCAAUUAUUAAAGCACCAUUUGAUCCAAAAAGUUAUGAAAUUACUCAAGAAUUAAAAGAUGCUAUUGAUAUUUCUAUAGAAAAUGUUCAUAAAUUCCAUAAGGCUCAAUUACAAGAUCAAACUUUACAUGUUGAAACUCAACCAGGUAUUGUUUGUUCAAGAUUUGCAAGACCAAUUGAAAGUGUUGGUCUUUAUGUUCCAGGUGGUACUGCAGUUUUACCAUCAACUACAUUAAUGUUGGGUGUUCCUGCACAAGUUGCAGGAUGUAAAAACAUUAUUAUUGCAUCACCACCAAGAAAAGAUGGAUCAAUUUCACCAGAAGUUGUUUAUAUUGCUCAUAAAAUUGGUGCAUCUGCUAUUGUUUUAGCUGGUGGUGCUCAAGCAGUUGCUGCAAUGGCUUAUGGUACACAAACUAUUCCAAAAGUUGAUAAAAUUUUGGGUCCAGGUAAUCAAUUUGUUACAGCUGCUAAAAUGUAUGUUCAAAAUGAUACAAGUGCCUUAUGUUCAAUUGAUAUGCCAGCAGGUCCUUCAGAAGUUUUAGUUGUUGCUGAUAAAAAAGCUGAUCCAGAUUUUGUUGCAUCAGAUUUAUUAUCACAAGCUGAACAUGGUAUUGAUUCACAAGUUAUUUUAAUUGGUAUUGAUUUAUCAUCUGAUGAUUUAAAAGCUAUUGAAGAUUCAGUUCAUGAACAAGCUUUAAAAUUACCAAGAGUUGAUAUUGUUCGUAAAUGUAUUAAACAUUCAACUACAUUAUUAGUUUCGACUGUGGAUGAAGCAUUUGAUUUAUCAAAUAAAUAUGCACCAGAACAUUUAAUUUUACAAAUUGAAAAUGCCAAAAAUUAUAUUUCAAAAGUUUUCAAUGCAGGUUCAGUUUUCGUUGGUGCUUAUUCACCAGAAAGUUUAGGUGAUUAUUCAAGUGGUACUAAUCAUACUUUACCAACUUAUGGUUAUGCCAAGAUGUAUAGUGGUGUUAAUACUGCAACAUUCCAAAAAUUUAUUACAAGUCAAGAUGUUACACCUGAAGGUUUAAAAAACAUUGGUCAUGCAGUUAUGUCAAUUGCAAAAGUUGAAGGUUUAGAUGCUCAUAGAAAUGCUGUUAAGAUUAGAAUGGAAAAAUUAGGUCUUUUAGAUAAAGAUUUCGUAUAA